AUGGCACAAUCGGAACCUAAUGGACUGUUUGCGAUGGUGGAACUCAACUACCAAGGGGUAUUUAAUCGAAAUCCUUUCUCUUACACUGGUGGUGUUGAAACCAUCUUCAAUGAUGUUGACUUUUCUUCUAUGACUUAUUCUGAGUUUGUGACCUUCUGCGAACGUUUCAUGCAUGAAGAGUGUAAAAAAUUUUACUACUGUGAACUAGACAUGUCCCUGAUGGAAGGGCUUAAUCCCAUUUCAGAUGAUGUGAAAUAUUCUGCUUUUAGUUUUUAUGCUUAUGGAACAGAUGGUGUAAUUUUGCUUUAUGUGGAUCAUAUUGGGGUUGGUGGUGAUGGGUGGCAUGAUGAUGAAUAUAACGAUGAUGAUGAACAUGAGUCUUGUAUUGAUGGUGAAAAUGAAGACAACAUAUAUGAACUUAGAAAUGUUGCCUUUGAAUUUAAUGAGGAUGUAGUGCAUAUGAAUAGGAUAUCAAAUGAUCCUUUCUUGAAUAAGUUAUGUGUUGAUGAUGAGGAUGAAAACAACAUUGUAGACGAUGACAAUGGGAGAGAAAUUGAAGUUAACAUACAAACUCAUUUCAUAUUUAAUGAGCUAUUACAUUGGAAAAAACAAAAACCAAUUCUAGGGAUGAGAUUUAAGGGUCCAAGGCAAACAAGAAUUUUGGUGAGGUGUAGCAAGGGUGCUUGCACAUUUAGAUUAUGGGCUUCCUGGAUGAGUGAUGAAGAGAGUUUCCAAAUCAAGUCACUAAAAUCUGAUCAUAAUUGUGCUAGGAACUUCAAGUUUGGAUCAUUGGUGACAUAUGCAUGGAUUGGAAGUCACUAUACCAAAGAGAUUGUAGAAAGUCAGAAAAUAAGUCUAAGGAAGCUUAGGUUAAAGGUAAUGGCUAAGUUUGGUAACCUUGUUGAACAUUAUGGUAAGCUAUGGUCAUAUGGUCAUGAGAUUUUAAGGACAAAUCUUGGGUCAACUGUGAAACUAGAUAUGGAGGAUGGUCCAGAUGGAAAGAAAUAUUUUAGCAAGUUCUAUUGUUGUUUUCAAGGAGUUAAACAAGCUUGGAUUGAAGGGUGUAGAAGGGUAAUUGGUCUUGAUGGAUGUUUUCUUAAAGGUGUUUGUAAGGGAGAAUUGCUUUGUGCUAUUGGGAGGGAUGCAAAUGACAAGAUAUAUCCUAUUGCUUUGGCAGUGGUUAAUGUGGAGACCAAGCAAAAUUCGAAGUGGUUUCUAGAGCUUCACAUUGAUGAUCUACACUUGAAUUUAGGCAAUGGUUUCAGUUUAACGUCAGACCAACAUAAGAAGAGAUUUACUGGUGCCAUAUAUCAUACCUUGUGUUGGAGAGCAUCUAAAGCCACAACUGAGAAUGCUUUUAAAGUUGUGAUAAAAGAAAUCGAGACAUUGAACCCAGAUGCCGAUCAAUAUCUCAUGGAGAAAGAUCCUAAAACAUGGUCAAGAGCUUUCUUUCAAACUGGAAGGUGUUGUGAUGCAGUUGAAAAUGGGUUCUCAUAA